UUCAGACGUACGCUGCGUCCACAGACUGACAGUGUUCGAAACGAUUGCGUUGUUGAUUGUGGUGUUUUUUGUUGUGACUUUUGUGAAACUGUUUGUAAAAAAUUAUUAACUGUUAAUUAUUUUGUGAUUAAGGUUGAUUACAACUUAUUUAAAAAAGUGUACAGAUUCUAAUAGAAUGAUGACCCCGCCUGUGCUGUCGGUAUACACUGGCGGGGCAGCAGUGAGGGAUGAUUGGUGAAAAUGAAAAGUCAGGUCUCAUGAAAAAGAAAAAUUAUAUUCAACAUGGGCACAGAUUAUACUAUAUUCAAUCAUAUGGCAAAAUAUGAUUUUACAGCACCUAUUGAUGUGGAAUAUUUUGAAGAAAAUGAUGAGGGAAUACAAAAUACAAACAAAACUUAUGAUGGUGAUGUAAUAUUUGUUAGCGAGUUAAAGACUAAUGAAAGUGAAAACCAUGGGAAUAAUACAAAUGCAUUACAGACUAAUAAUACAAGAGAACCUAAUAAAAAUAUUAAUUGUGAUACAACAAACGAAAUUAAUUCUGAAAAAGAUGUUCCACAGUGCAACUUAGUUGUUACUGAUAAGACUUCGGUACCUACAAUACAAGAUACGGAACAUGUACAAAUGACUAAUAGCUUUUUAUCCAAUCCAAUAGACAGUAUGGGGACUAAAACUACUGACCCAUUAAAUAUAGUUUCUGAAUGUUUAUUAUUUAUUACGGAUAGUUACGGUAGUCAUUUGAAAAUAAGAUAUGAUAAACAAAGUACACCAUCUAUGAUUGAGCAAUCAAUGAAUCAUUAUUUACGAAUUAAAAACCAUUUUUUCAAAAUUUGCUAUGACAUAGUCAUUACUAAAAUUGUACCACAAGAAAAUAAUUACGCUUUUAUACAAACUUUCUUAAAUAAAACACUUCCAUCCACCAUUAGCAAAAACGAUAAUUAUAAAACUUUAUACUUGAAAGCUAUCUUUCGGGAAAUGAUAUAUUGGGCAAAAUACAGAAAAUACUUAAUUGAUUCGUACCGUAAAAAUAAUCCAUCUGUAUUAGUACAACAAUUAAAUAGUCCACCAAUGACGGCAAAUUUUAGAAGUCCAAGUACAAUUCAACCUCAGCAAACAAAUACUACUGGACCAAAUUUACGUUCAUCCUGCAUAUUUACAUCUGGGCCACCUGGAAGAGAAGUCAGUAUUAAUGUUAUACAAGGGACAUUCUCAAAUAAAAAUGCACAAUUGGUUCCAACCAACACUUUAUCUACAAACAAUGGAACAAAUACAGACUAUCAAUCUCAAUAUACAUUAAACAAUUUUCGUACUUCAAAUAGGCUAGAACACACAGAAGGUAUGGCCUCCGGUAACUAUCAAAGUAAUAGCCAUGUUAAUACCACAAACACGUUAAUUCGUGGAGCUCCACCUGAUUAUUACAGUGCUAUAAAUCGGAAUAAUCGACGUAAUAUGUAUUUGAACGUUGGUACCAUAAUGGAAAAAAAUAUUUAUAAUGACAGAGGUAUUAUAAGACGUCACGAUAGAUUUAACGAAACUCCUCAAAAGUCACCAGACUGUAACAAUAGCAGUUUUGUUGUCCAAUAUCCAGCAAAAAGAGCCCGACAUUCUUCACUGUACAGCGAUGUAAGACCCAUUAAUAUGGAUAAUGUACUAGAAAAUAAUGCGAGACUACGUAACGUACAAACUGCUCCUCCAAGAUAUGAAAUGAAUUUUCAAUAUACUCAAACACAAAAUAGUAACAGCAUUAAUGGCAUUCAAUACGAAUAUCAGCAUAAUGUUAGUUCCAAUUCUGCUGGAGUUGUGAAUAAUGAAAUAAGUAAAUCGAAUUGCAACACCACCGAAAGUAGAGUGAAUACUCUGCUCAAUCUAGAAGAACAAACAGAAAAUUUAUACGUUGACAAAGAAAAAUGUUGCGUCUGUAAAUCGUUAACAAAAACAAAGUGUUCCAUCUGCUACAAUGUAUAUUAUUGCAGUCUAGACUGUCAGGUAAUCAUGACAGGAGGUCAUUAUGACAAACCAGUAAUGCAGGUGUUAGGAAGUAAAAAAAUACAAGGCAGUGGUGCUAAUGAAAGAUUCAGAUUACUGGUAUCUGAUGGUAAACACUCCCACAGCUUUGCAAUGCUCGCAACACAAUUAAAUGAUAAACUGAUUACAGGAGAACUCUCAGACUAUUCUGUUGUACAAAUAGAUCGAUUUGUUACAUCAUUACUAAAAGACACUGGCAAAGGAGAAAAGAGAGUAAUGAUAAUAUUAGAUGUUACAAUUAUUGCUCCUGGUGGGGAAGUGGGUAGGAAACUUGGUAGUCCACAGACUUUGAGCGAAUCAUCAACACCAUCAGCCAUAUCUAAACCAGCCAUGCAACCAGUACCAAAACAAAGUCCAAUAAAGCCACAAAUGAUGCAGCGCGCCACACCAGCACCAGGUCUUGAUUCCAGUCUCCUCUCCAGUCAAAUGACGCAUCCCAUUGCAAGUCUCAGCCCUUAUCAAAAUAAGUGGGUAAUAAAAGCACGCGUCAUGAACAAAUCAGCUAUACGAACCUGGAGCAAUGCCAGAGGGGAGGGAAAAUUGUUCAGCAUGGACCUAUGUGAUGAAAGUGGCGAAAUCAGAGCAACCGCCUUCAAAAAUGAAUGCGACAAAUUCUAUGAUAUGAUACAGGUAGAUAAAGUAUACUACAUAAGUCGUUGCACGCUGAAAACGGCCAACAAGCAAUUCACCAGCCUAAAGAAUGACUAUGAGAUGUCAUUCACCAAUGAUACAGUGGUUGUAGAGUGUCAGGAAGAUAGUGGCUCAGUGCCCACCAUUAAAUACGAUUUUGUGCCAAUUAAUGAAAUUGCUACUAAAAAUCCAGACACUUUACUUGAUGUAAUAGGAGUAUGCAAAUCAGCAGCUGAUGUUCAAGAACUAACUGCUAGAAGUACAGGGAAGCUGCUAAAAAAACGCGAAGUCACCCUCGUCGACUCUUCUGGAGGUGCAAUUAUUCUAACACUAUGGGGAAAUGAUGCCGAAAAAUUUGAUGGAAGUAGCAACCCUGUUGUUUCUGCAAAGGGCGCCCGACUGACAGAAUUCAAUGGCAGUAAAUCUCUGUCGUGUUUAUCGAGUACAAUGCUACGCCUCAACCCCGACCUGCCUGAAGCUCACAAAUUACGAGGAUGGUAUGAUAAUGGUGGAGCCAACAUGGAGGUCGUUAACAUAUCUGCUAGGUCGGGAGUAUACAGCGGCGGUAGCAACGAAUGGUUAACAUUCUCAGAAGCGGAGGCCCGUCAACUCGGCUCUGGUGAUAAAGGCGACUUUUACAACUUACUCGGCGUCCUCACAUUCACAUUCUCAGAAAACGCUCUGUAUAAAGCGUGUCCGCAAGAACAGUGUAACAAAAAAGUUGUGGACCAAGACAAUGGCUCCUACAGAUGUGAAAAAUGUAAUCGAGAGUACCCGAAUUUUAAGCAUAGACUACUGUUAGGCGCAAACGUAUCAGACCCGACUGGUGACCAGCGCAUAACAGCGUUCAACGAAACCGCAGAAUCGAUGCUCGGCAAGUCCGCCGCCGAGGUUGGCCAGAUGUUCGACUACGACAAGAACGCAUAUAACCAAAUGUUCGAGGAUGUCAAAUUCAAGACAUUCAUAUUCAAGUUCCGAACUAAAAUGGAAACUUACAAUGAUGAAGCUCGUCUUAAAACUACUGUAAUGAGCGCGCAGCCUAUUGAUUAUAAAGAAGCCAACUCGAGACUAAUCAAAAGCAUCAAGUCUAUAACAGGAGUGGAAGUGUAAAAUUUUUUAUUUUGUACAUUUUUGGAAUAUACAAAAAAUGUUGUCUUAUUCGAAACCUCAUACUUAAACAUUGAAACUUUUCACGUUCAAAAUAGUUGUUUCUGAGAACAUAUUUGAAUUUAAAAGUCAAAUGUCGAUUGAAUAAAAUUAAGCGAUUAUGUAUGCGAUUUGUUGAUUUUGAUCUUUUUUUUUUUUAUAAAUUAUAAAUGUGAAUUAUACUAUUACAUCACAAUAUUCAUACGCGCCAAACACGCUUUGUUUGUCAUGACGUAUCCAAAUGUAACAUUCAGGUAUCAACUUAAAUGUUACAUCUGAAGAACCAUUUCUCUAAUCCUUUCUCUAAAAUUGAUAUCACUACGAAAUUUUUAUUGUAAGGAUCAAUAUAAACUAAUUUACUCAUAGAUUCAAGACAAAAAUAUUAUAAUUGUAGUUUAUGAUGGUCCAUAAAGCAGUUUCAAUAAAUAAUUAAAUUAAAAUAUUAAAUUAAGAAAUAGGUUUAAAGAAAUGGCGCUUCAGAAUCAGCUCUAUUACCCAUCACAAAUAGUUAUAACAACGGUUGGCAAUUAAUAUAAAACAUUUUAAAAACCAUGUAUUAUACAACAAUUGUAAUUGUGCAACGUAAUUAUUAAUAAAAAUAAAAUGAAUAAUUGUUUCACUAAUUUAACUGCCUGGAUUUACCAGAUUAA